GGAAGGGGCUGUAGCUGCCCUUUGGAAGGAAGGGUUUGGGGGUGCAAGAGGCGUUCAGAUUCUCGGUCUGGUGUGCCCCAAGUUCAGAUGUGAAAAUAGAUCAUGGGGAUGCAAUCCCAGGGCACUGUAUUUCUCACUUCCUUGGGUCCCUGGCACGCGACUCCCAGCUAACACCCAGCCACACACAUUUCUACAUACUGUUUCUUAAUUUUGUUUUGGGAUAUUUAAUCUAAGCGGUCAGCAAGUCUUCUUAUAAAAGCUGGUCUACGUACACUGAGAUCAAACCCCACAAUCCCAUGGUGUUUCUGCUCCUGCCCUAGCAAGCCUGGGUCGACUUGUCCCGGGGCAGCCGCGGCAGCGCAGCGUGGACGGGCCCGGACACCCGGUGCCUGCCCAGCCAGCGACGCUGAAGGCACAUUUCAAGAGGGAAAUAGUUCAGUCCUCGGUAAUUUGUCAAUCUUGUGCUGGCUUUAAAAUUCUCCUCCCACCUUCUAGUCCUGACUGAGGGGGGCCCAAAAGCAAACUCCCCGGGGGCUUAAACGGUCGGAUUCCUGAGAAAUGGCAAGUGAGAAAGGAGUUGCAGUUGUACGAAGAAGGAGCGAGGAGAAGGUGUUUGUGGAGGGAGCCCCGGAUCUGUCUUCCUACCUGUUAGCCGAGAACAAAAGGGGGCUGGCGUUUCCCGAAGCGAAAGGGCGCAGACAGCCACUUUCUCUGCUAAACAAACUGCAGUCCUGGGCAGAACAAGAAAAUUACUCACGCAGGGGGAGCAAGGGGAGCACAGAGAAACAGAACCUAGAUUAUGCGGAAGGCAUCUUAAUUUAAUUAACUCCUUGGGAAGGCAGAGGCGCUCUGAAGGGGCAGGAACUUCGCAGCCGUUUCUCUAUUCACCUGAUACAGUCUGGCCCUAACAAUCUGUCCUUUAACAAUUUUUUUUUUCUUUUUAAUGAUCUUCUUUGAUCUACUUAGUCUAUAGCUCUCUAAUUUAUAUAAAAUUCUGCUGUGGUUUGGGCUGAAAUUCAGUGAGCCUACCUAUCCAACCAUCAGUCAUUUAUCUCAUAUACCAGUGCACAGGUUUUAGCAGAUGAACCCUGACUGUAUAUUAUUUUUAGAUAAUUCAAUGUAAUAUUACCAUUACCAAAGAGCGAAACUCCUUAUCAAGUUACUUCUUAAUUUUUUUCUCCAAUGUUUUGAAAGCUUCACUGAACUAAGUGUGUACACAUCUCCCUUGGUGACAGCCAGUCAAGUAAAUUUUACAAAAUUUCUCCACAUGCCUGGAAAUUCCUGUGAAGAAGACUGAUGAAAGAAAAGUAGCCUCAGCUCCACCAACAUAUUUAUGACUUUUCAUUGGUUUAAGUUUCUUUCCUUGCAAAAUUAAAAGUAACCAGUGGUCUGAAACGGGACGGUGGAGAAAUGACAGCAGAUGAUGAUCGCUGUUAUUUCCUGAAAGGGAGUGUGGGAACUACAAGGCUCAGCUCUAGACAAAACGAAAGUACUUUAGGAUCUCUGCAUUCACUUAAAAUUCUUCUUUUGACAUACAUUUCCAGCAACUCAAUGGGAGUGUGGAAAUUUAACCUUCCUAAUUAUUUGUGGCAAGAGCCAUUGGUGGAUAUUUAAGGUUGUUCUGUUUGUAAAAGGGUUUCAAAAGGACCAAUGGUUUGCUCUUCCUCUAUGAAGAAACUCUGCCCUACAAAUUAAAACAAGCAGGUACUAUGAAAUAGCACUUUUUUUUUUGCUAACAUGAACCUGAAUUAUAUUAGUCGUUAAUUUCUGUGUUAUAAACCAUUCAGAGAAAAGGGAAAGAAGAUGGCACUCAACUUUGUGGCAGUGUAACCUUUAUGGCAGAGUUCGCUGUGCCUUUGGUAUAGAAAUCACAGGUCACAACAGUACUUUAGCUGACACCACUCCCCUCCACACCCGCUCCCCACUCCCCAACACAUACACCCUGUGGUGGGAGUUGUGCUUUGCCUCCUGUAUUUAUUUCUAAGAAAUCUAGUCUGGGAAUACACCCAAAUAAUAAUUUCGGUUUCCUCUCUAUGGGAAAGAGGUUGCUUUUCAACACGAAGGGAAAAAUAAUAUUUUGAAUCUCUGGAAAAUCCUCAUUACGCAAAGAGAAGGAGAUAAAGGUAUAAUUUAUUAUUUUUAAUUGAAAGGGAAAUAAUCAGAUAGAUUACCAGGAAUGUUAGUAGAAUCCUUUUCCCCUGCCUCCCUAAGAGACUUGCCACCGAGCAAAAAUGAAUCGUGAUUUGUGGUGGGAAAGUUGAUUACUAAUGGGGGUUUGCAGUUGCGGUUGAAUGGUCUGACUGAGACCCUCUGACUGUUACCCACCUCUCAUUAACUCCUAGCCUGAACUCCCAGACCGCAUACCACGAAGCAGAAGCGAUUCGUUAAUAAAUCUCUGUCCCGAGCCCUUCCAGAGGAAGGUGUGGGCCCCGCAGAGGCAGCCAGAUCCUGCCUUACCAGAGCGCUCUGUCAUUAGCGUAGCCCCCUAAGUCUGCUCACAGAUGGAACCAUAGGCAAUACUUCAUAACGCGCUGGAGAGGACAACUCAGACGCAGGAAGGGGUUGGGUGGGAAGGGAAGGCUGGAGUCUCUCCUGCCUUCCUGCUGGGUUCAAAUGCCAGGCUUGGCGGUUGGUGGCGCAGACUGGGAAACGUGACUCCUACACCUGGGGGUCUGCCCUCAGAGGGAAGGCCCUGGUCCCCCGAACUGGCAGAACUCCUUUCUAAAAAGGGGCUGGUAGUGGGAGAAGGUGGGCCCGCUGUGAAUGUAGGUGAGGUGAUCCCGGGAACCUGGGUCUGAAAUCAGACCUGUGUUGCCAUUGGGAGCACGGAGAGAGGGGAAGCGCCCUGCUUAGGCCCAGGCCGGGCGUCCUGGUGGUGGGACCGCAGCCGCACUCACCUCCAGGCCAACGGACAAGGUUCCUGCAAGCCAGCAGGGCCACCCUGUGCUUGGCCUGCUGCAGCUCCCCUGCAGCUCCUUUCCUCUCCCUCCCUGGAGCGCUCUCCUCUCCCCUCUCUUCUCUCUCCUCUCUCGUCUCCUGGGGCAUCCCGGGUGGAGGGAUGUAGGGGUCGCUCCUCGGUGCCAGGCCGGGAAGCAGCUCAGGCCUCCCAAGAGCUUGGCGCUCAGUCUGGGAAAAGGGGUUCCUCCGGCCUCAGGGACGUUCUCCGCCCCCACCCCACCCCCUGGGAGCCUGAACCAUCUGGAAGGGAUCUUAGUCCGGGGUUGGGAGGAGAGCCCGUGGAUAGGAGGAGGGGGCGAUUCUAGGCCGAAUCCAGCCCCUGAGGUGUCACUUUUCUUUCCUGCGGCCCGUCACCGCUGAUAGAUGGGGCUGAGGGCAGAGGAAGGAAAAAGAAAACCUCUGGGCCCUCUGGCCCAGGAGGAUGAAGCGCGCCGGCUUCGCUCUUGCACGCCGGCUUGCCGUCCGGGUAAGCGCGGGAAAGGCGGCCUCAGGGCGCGGCGGCAGCGCAGCGCGUGGGAUCUCACGACCCAUCCGUUAACCCACCGUUCCCGGGAGCUCCGAGGCGCAGCGGCGACAGAGGGCUUUCUCUACGUGCUGUUGUCUCACUGGGUUUUUGUCGGAGCCCCACGCCCUCCGGCCUCUGAUUCCUGGAAGAAAGGGUUGGUCCCCUCAGCCCCCCCAGCAUCCCGGAAAAUGGGGAGCAAGGCUCUGCCAGCGCCCAUCCCGCUCCACCCGUCGCUGCAGCUCACCAAUUACUCCUUCCUGCAGGCCGUGAACACCUUCCCGGCCACGGUGGACCACCUGCAGGGCCUGUACGGUCUCAGCGCGGUACAGACCAUGCACAUGAACCACUGGACGCUGGGGUAUCCCAAUGUGCACGAGAUCACCCGCUCCACCAUCACGGAGAUGGCGGCGGCGCAGGGCCUCGUGGACGCGCGCUUCCCCUUCCCGGCCCUGCCUUUUACCACCCACCUAUUCCACCCCAAGCAGGGGGCCAUUGCCCACGUCCUCCCAGCCCUGCACAAGGACCGGCCCCGUUUUGACUUUGCCAAUUUGGCGGUGGCUGCCACGCAAGAGGAUCCGCCUAAGAUGGGAGACCUGAGCAAGCUGAGCCCAGGACUGGGUAGCCCCAUCUCGGGCCUCAGUAAAUUGACUCCGGACAGAAAGCCCUCUCGAGGAAGGUUGCCCUCCAAAACGAAAAAAGAGUUUAUCUGCAAGUUUUGCGGAAGACACUUUACCAAAUCCUACAAUUUGCUCAUCCAUGAGAGGACCCACACGGAUGAGAGGCCGUACACGUGUGACAUCUGCCACAAGGCCUUCCGGAGGCAAGAUCAUCUGCGGGAUCACAGAUACAUCCAUUCCAAAGAAAAACCCUUCAAAUGUCAGGAGUGUGGGAAAGGAUUUUGUCAGUCUAGAACUCUAGCAGUUCACAAAACUUUACACAUGCAGGAAUCUCCACACAAAUGUCCCACAUGUGGAAGAACCUUUAAUCAGAGAAGUAAUCUGAAAACUCACCUUCUCACCCAUACAGACAUCAAGCCCUACAGCUGCGAGCAGUGCGGCAAAGUGUUCAGGCGAAACUGUGAUCUGCGGCGGCACAGCCUGACUCACACCCCGCGGCAGGACUUCUAGAGAAGCCCAGGAUCUGUCCCGUGCCGCCGCUGCUCCCCUCCCCAGACACCUCUCCACGUCUCCUACCCGGGGGGUCGCAUCCCUAGCCCUUCACUGACCCCAGCUCUUCCCUUGCUGCAGCCGCACCUGCAGCUCCAGGGAGUUAACUCUUCUUCUGGGGGACUGAGAACUGUAGAAAGCCACACACUACUACAUCCCUUCACAAAGAGUAUAUGCUAGUUUCUUGUAGAUAUUCACAGCUCAUUUUAGAGCUCUGUACAUAAUGUUGUGGGUCUUUGUUUUGUUGUUUUGUUUGUUUUUGGAUCUUGUUGGAUGCACUUAGAUAUGGAAAAUGGAAGCCAAAUUUUAUCUUUAAAGACUGUAUUUUCAAAAUAAAACUUUUUCUUGUUUGUUUCAA